UUCACUGUAUGCUGUUCAGUCGCCGCCCUGCCUCCCUGCUGAGUGUCCCUGCUUCACCACCGCCCCUGCUGGUGUUCUUGUUCCUGCUGGUGAUCCUGCUGGUAAUCUUGGUGUUCCUGCAGUCUGCCCACGGAGGAAGAGGAAAGGAUGGGUUUCCAGGUGUGGGUUUGGCGUGGUGGCGUGGCGUGGCGGGGCCCUCACGACGCACUCUUGUGUGGAGCGAAGGCUGACAUGUGGCGGGGACUAGUCAAGAGAUGGUCCUCACACGCAGCGUAACUACACGUGUCACUGUGGCAUGUCACGUCACGCCCAUCACCUGUGCUGUCCCCAGGAGCGGCUGCACCACGGGAGGAUGUGGAUGGAGUACCUGGUCUGUGGGUAUCAUUAACGUGAAGGUACAUGUUGACGAGGGUGAUGGCACAGCUGCAGUGGCACCCUCCCCAGAGACACCACCUUGGCACCCUCCACAGAGACACACACCAGGUCAGUGUUCAGAUCUUCCGUCCCCCCCCCCCCUCCGCUGCACUGAUGGCAUCCUGUACUCCUGCUGCUGCUACUACCAAGACUGCUGACUACUCCUGCUGCUACUACCAAGGCUGCUGACUACUCCUGCUGCCACCAAGACUGCUGACUACUACUGCUGCAUCUCUGGGGACUAAUGUAUUAAUAAAUGUGUGCCUAGCGUGUCAGACUCUGUGGACUUGCAGUGUUGCGAGUAACGAGCUUCCCAGUGUGCUAAGUCAAGGACUCCCCAACACAGUGACAUUAUUAGUUUUGAUUUUUCUUUUUUUUUUAUAAUUUUUUGUUGUGAAAUCUGCCGUAGUUGAUCUCCGGAGAGUCUUUGAGGUAUCGUUUGAGCCUUG